CCGCCCAGGCCGGGGAGGAGCCGCCAGAGAAGCGAUGCAGGAAGCCGUUGCCAUAACGGAGCAGCCAGUCUCUGUCUCUGUCCCGGUGGGAUAUUCCUUCGUGCUGCGGUGCCGGGCCCAGGGACACACCUCACUGCAGUACCAGUGGUUUUGCCAGUACCAGUCUGACUGCCGCCUGAUUCCUGGAGCAACCAAUGAAGACUUGCCCAUCAUUGCAGAGCAGACCCAGCUCUACACCUGCAGAGUCAAUGACCUCCACAGAAAUGUCGUCUUCUCCGACUGGGUGAAGGUAGAGGUCCAUCAGUGUGUUGCCAGAGGUCUGCCCCCUCGGCUGUGGCAAGGAGAACCGGUCAUUGUCCUCAACCCCAGUGAGCAAUGGGUGGAGCUGGGGCAGCCGCUGCAGCUGCAGUGUGCUGCCAUGGGGGUCCCAGCCCCCAGCUACCAGUGGUACCGCAAUGGGAACCUGCUGGAGCAGCAGAAGAGAAAAAAACUCCGGAUUGCCCACACCAAGGCCAGUGACUCUGGCACAUACCUCUGUUGUGCCUCCAACAGUCAUGGAGAGCAUUGGACCAACGCCGUGGAUGUUCACGUCGGUAUGUGUGGCUCUGGAAAGUUUUUCGCUACAGGCAAAAUAGCACUUUUGGUGGGCAACAACCGCUACCAGCAUCAUCCCAACCUCAUGGCUCCUGUGAGGGAUGUGUUUGAGCUGAGUCGUCUUCUGGAGCAUCUGGGCUUCCAGGUUGUCUCCCUGCUGGAUCUGAACAAGGCUGAGAUGGCAACAGCGGUCAGUCGCUUCCUGCAGCUACUGGGGAAGGGAGUCUAUGCUAUAUUCUACUAUGCUGGGCACGGAUAUGAACAUCUGGGGAGGAACUACAUGGUCCCUGUUGAUGCUCCACAACCCUAUGCCCCUGAGAACUGCAUCAGCGUGCAGAGGAUCCUCCAGAAGAUGCAGCAGCAGCAGACAGCCCUGAACAUCAUCCUGCUGGACACCUGCAGGAAGUGGUACAACCCAGGGUGUGCCUUGUCCCAGGUGCAGCCGCUGGAGCCCUGGGGAAACACUGUCUAUGGCUAUUCCACGAGUGAAGAUGCAGAAGCCUAUGAAUUGCAGGAUGGGGAGUUCAGCUCGGGGAUCUUCAUGAAAUAUCUGAAGAAACACAUUCUGCAAGAGAAGAAGGUGACACACAUGCUGGAGGAUGUGUUAGAAGACAUUGGCCGUGACCCCCUGGUCGCUGGCAAGCAGGUGAUGGAGAUCAAGCACACUCUGAAGGAAGCCCGGUCCCUGACUGACCCCAUCUGUCCCUCGGGAGAAGCCCCUGAGCCCUGGGGGCACAGCCAAGAGCUGCCCAGCAAAACGGUGACCUUCCCAUGUGGGGUGCGGGUGGAGCUCUGCUUCCUCCGGCUCUUCUCCAACCUGAUGUUUGUGUGUGCCAAGCCACAGCCGCCCCUGGCCCACGUCACUGACCCCCAGAUCCUGCUCCACCAGCUCACUGAGAUGGGUGAUGUGGCCAUCCAGAGGGAGAGCUGUCUGGACCAUGUGGAGACUCUGCUCGCCUCUGUGUACCAGCGGGAGGAGCUGGACUGCAUCUUCCAGCUCUGUGCACUGCAGAAGAUUCAGACAGAUGUGGUCCUGCAGUUGGAUUUGCAUUACAUCCGGCCAGGCACAAAACAGAGGACUUGUGAAAGCCUGCAAACGACCCUCCAGCAGUCCCUGCUGAGGCAGUGUUUCGGCCAGAGGAGUGACUCGCAGUCAGGCUCACAGCGAGCUCCUGCCCGCGCAGGCAGCUCACGCCUGCAAGAUGCACCAGCGCCGAGCACGGACCCCAAGGGCCAGGGAUCCCUGAGCACAGGCUCUGGCCACAGCUUGCCCAGCAGCAGCCCCUCCAACUUCAGCAGCGAGCCCGAGGAGAAUGACGAGAGCGACCUGGGCGAGCUCUGCUUGGCACUGCUUCGGGCUGGCCCGGGGCAGGACAGGCCCUGAGCCUCAGCCAUGGGAGCUACUCUUUUAACUGAGGCCUCAAUUUGAGUGCUAAAUCUGUCAGGAUCCAUCAGCUGCUUCCCAGCCUUGGCAUCGCCCUGUCUGAAUGAGGCCAAGGCUGCUUUUUUGGAAAGGUUUCUCCUGUGUGCACCCUGUGGUGUGCAGGACCUCACUUCCCACUGGGAAUAUUCCCUGUCCCCUGGGAAUGUCGGGAUCUGCAGGGAUUCGUUGUAGUGUCUGGCAGAGGACACGGCCACCCACCAGCAUAACGCUGCCAGGCAAAGGUGUAGGCUGGUGUUUUCUGCCUGAAGACAAAUGUUGCUGCGUUGGAUGUGGUAGGUUGCCCACAAACACUACAGACCCCUCUGGCUCAAAUCCCAGCCAUGACUGCUGGAUCUCACCAACCUGUGCAAGGGACACAGGGCUGGGGAGCCAGGUGAAAUAGUGUCGGCUCUCCACGGGGUCCCAGUGUGGCUUCCUUCCCACGCCUGUGUCAAAGCAGGUGUUAAGUUAUGCAUUUAUGUAUUUCUGAAGCACGUAUUUAUAACUGGGAGGCUGGACAGUGGCUUGCCAGGAAAAGGAAGGUCAGAUGUUCCAUCUAGUGUGUGUUUACAUUGGAGGCUGGUGUUCCACUGGACCAGGAACAGCGUCCAGGCAGGUGCACUGACACCUGCCCCUUGCACCAUGGUACAGGGGCAUUAAAGCGUGUUCAGCCCUCUGCAGUCCUGAGUUCUUCUCAGGUGCACCAUGUCCUUCAGGAGAGAUAGAAUGUACCAGGACUGAGAAAGGGUAACUUCAAAAAAGUUACUAUUAGUGCAAAUUGUUUUGUCUGCGUGCCUGUCUGUGCUGUGUGCAACCUCAAGCACUACAUGGAGAGCCAACUGUCCAGGUGGGCCUCAGGUGAAGAGAGCCCAAAGGACAGCCUGGGUGGGCACAUGCCCCUCCCUGAUUGCUUCCCUAAUGCAUGUUUGAUAAAGGUAUUGCUCAGUGACCCUAGGGAAGUGUGGGGUCUCCUUCCUUAGAGGACAGUUCACUUUGGACUGCAGAAGAUGCCAGUGACCUGAUCUAAGCUGGGUGAGGGCUGGACCAGAGACCACUGGAGAUCCCUUCUGGCCGCUGUGGUCCUGUGGAGCAAAGAGGUCGGAGGGCAGAACUUCUUGAGAGGUCAAGGGUAGCAGGGUAGGGAAAAUGCCCAAGCUGUGACUUGCUUUAAAAGAGGGUUGGAGGCAGAAUUUUCUCAGUUUUGCUCUCCUUCAGCAGUGAAAAUACAUCCCUGUCUGUGGUGUCAGUUGCAGCACAGAAAAAUCUGAAAUGUUGCUUCCAGAUAAGGCAUUCUACAAGUGCUGGAAACCUGUCCAAAAAGAACAGAGGAGGCUUUUAUUAUUCUCACUGUGAGUAGCGCCAAGGGAAAGAAGAGGGGCCCCAGCUGGCUGCAGACUAGGAAGUCUCCUAGAAAAAAAAUAAAUAAAAAAUUCAGAGGAUGUAGUUUAACUGAGAUGGGCUGAUAGAGAAGAUAAACCAGAAAUUAAUAAACUGAUUUCAGGAAGAACCAAAGAUCAACUCAACACCAGCAGGCACUGGGGACAGGUCAGUGGGAAUGGUUUAGCAGGCAUUUGGGAGGAGCUGGGGCUCUCAUUGCCUCUGUGGGGAUUAUUCACACCUUCCCGUGCUGUUGAGGCAUGGCUUUUUCCUGGCUCACAUUAUCAUGCCAAGUGUCAUGUAAUAUGAAUGUUUAUCUCAUUCAAAGCAAGGCUGUUUAUUUUUUCUGAAUAAAACACUAUUGGUGUUUUUAGUGCACAAAGCUUCACAUGA